AUGCCUCAAUUUUCUCCCGCAGGCUGUCGGGCGUUUCACGGUGCGCAGAGCACACUUCUGCAUCACGAGCCAUCGACCGAGGGAGAGCGUGUUCCUUUCUUAACGCAGGAUCAGCCUUUCAUCGCCGGGUCAGACCUGGAAAAUGGAGCAUCUCCAGACCCAUCUGCCGUUGGAUCCGACAAUACCGACAAGUCUCCAGUAAUCACCGUCACUUCUCUUCCUGCAUUUUACACCGCCGACGACCACAUUAGCAGCCCGGUUCCUCCUAGAUGGCGGUGGACAGGAAGAAUACCUUUAUUAAGUGCGUGUGUUGGCCGGGGUUACUUUGCCAGAUCUCAGGCUCCUCUCAGUGAGAAGCCUUCACCAAGAAAGCCGUUGAAAAUAGUCUUGCGUUUGCUGGCCUACGCACUCAUGUUACUUGGUUUGGUGGAAUUCAUCACGCUAGCUUGUGGCGUUUUCUUUUCGUUCUUUCCCUCCGAAGGUUUGGACAACCAUGGUAAAUUGGAGUCAAGCAUCGAUGUUUCGCCUGCACUGCUUCAGUGGCCUACCGACUUCUCGGCAGACGUCCAUGCGGUUGCCUGCCACUCACACAAUGACUACUGGCGAAAGGAGCCUCUCUUCUCAGCCCUGAGGGCUGGGUGCACUGGCGUCGAGGCUGAUGUCUGGCUCUACAAUGAGGAACUAUAUGUAGGACACACCACUGCCUCUCUGACCCCCCAGCGAACUCUGCGCAGCCUCUACAUUGAUCCAUUGGUGAGGAUCUUGGAUCAACAGAACCCCACUACUUCUUUUCAUCCUUCAGCAGACACUCCUCGAGGAGGGGUGUUUGACACGAAUCCUGCACAGACUCUUGUCCUCCUCAUCGACUUCAAGAACGACGGAAAGGCAACGUGGCCGUAUGUCUAUGAACAGCUCGCUCCUCUCCGACAAAAGGGCUAUCUCACUCAUUUCAACGGCACCAAGACCAUAGAAGGACCCAUAACUGUCGUGGUUACUGGAAACGCACCCUACAUGAAUGUAGUCGCAAGCCCAGACUAUCGAGAUAUGUUUUUCGACGCACCAUUGGACAUUUUCGAGCAGCUCGACCCAGGCACUCCGGCGAUAAAACACCCACGUUUAACUGCCGAAGACCUUCAGUCCCCGACUAAACGUGACACCCCUGAUCAGGGCCAAGGCCGAUCAGGCGCUGCCCCAGAGAACGCUGCCAUUUACGCCCCUGCAAACUCGUACUAUGCCUCCGUGUCCUUCCAGAACAGUAUUGGCUACCCAUGGCAAGGCAAGCUAUCCUCGAAACAAAUCAACAAAAUUCGCAAGCAGAUCGCAGGUGCACACAAUCGAGGCCUGAAAGUAAGGUAUUGGGGCGUACCAAACUGGCCUAGGGGGAUGAGAAACUACCUGUGGCGGGUUCUUUAUCAAGAGGGGAUUGAUUAUCUGAAUGUCGAUGACCUGCGUGCCGCCACUCAAGGCAACUGGAACUGGGACAAAAAGCCGUCCUGGUUCAGCGGACCCUGGAGGUUCUGGUCAAGCUAG